AUGGGUGGGAGUGACUAUGACGACGAUAACACUGUCGUCAACCGACAUGUCCCCGACGGCACCGUUGUUGCAACUGCGCCUGCGCUUCCUGGCCAUUCGGUUCAGCCCGCGACCGCACCCACAAGCGGCUCUUCAUCCUCGUCCAAUGCGGUAGCGUCGAUGCCGUCGAAUCACGGUGACAUCCCACCAGCGACAGGUCCAGGUCCAGUACGAAGACAAAAGAAAAGAGCCCAAGUCUCCAAAGCAUGCCAGCGAUGCAGGAGGCUGCAAAAGGGAUGUAGCGAGUCGAGGCCGUGUCAGAGAUGUAUCGGAGUCGGACUCGAAGACCAAUGUCUCCGGAGUGAGAUGGUGAUUGAAUGUCAUCAGAGUGGAAGUCGGCAACACGGGGAACAACGUCACCCCCAGGCCCACUCCCAGAGACAGACACAGACACAUGUAGUACUGCCCCGGCUUCAUGCCGGAGUUGUGCCGGUUACAGCAGCAGCAGGUGCAACAACGUGGUCCUUCACCCAACUCCCAGCCAGCCCGGAGAGUUUGGUGAAUUAUCCUCUCGUGGGCGGUACAGCAUCAGCCAGCUCACCUCACCAGAUCCAACAACAUCACCUCCAACUUAACACCAACCCUCUUCCCAAGGCAGUACUCGACCAUUGCAUCUCCCGGUUCUUCUCCCGGCUCUACCCGACCAUCCCCAUCCUUACCCCUUCCUAUGCUGACCACCUCCUUCACGUCUCCUCCUCGCAGACCUCUAAGAAUGGAAGCACAGAAGCCAACCUCCUAACCUCUCUCUGCGCCUUGAUCCUCCUGCAGAUCGAGCACCCCACCACUCACCUCUUCACCUCGCAUGGAAUCCCACACGCUAACUCCGUCUACGGCCGGCUGCUAUUCGAAGAGGCGCAAGCCAGCCAUCACCGAGCUUUGGCUCUGGGUGGUGCGCAUGGUGCACAAAAAAGGUUUGCUCCAACUCUGGAGAGGGUUCUGAUCACCUUUUUCUUGUACGCAUGUCAUGCGGUGUCGUUUCAUCAUAGCCAGGCGUUCUUUUGGUUGAGGGAGGCGAGCACUUUGUGGGUUGUUUUGAGGGUUGAUGAUGCUGACUCCUGUCCUGGUCCGGGAGGAGGAGAUGGAGAGGGUAGGGAGGUGGCAAGAACGAGAAAGGUACUCGCAGACCGGUUGUUUUGGGUGUUGCUGGUGAGCGAACGGUCGCAUGGGAUAAGGUAUCGGAGGCCGAUAACGCUCCAGAUUACUCCCACCACCCCAUCGCUGGAUUUCCGUAGCGACCCGGAGUCUGCCGGGUUAGCGAGCUUGGUAGCGCUGUUCAGGCCGCUGGAUACGGGGUUUAUGGCGUUGUUGAAUCAGGAGGUGACAAUGACGGCAAGUGCAUUUGGAAGUCCGGCACUGGUGGCGGGGCCAUUGGAUGUGGUGGAGAAUUCAAUUGCGGAGGCGGUGCCCGGGCCAAGUCUGAGUCCGACGACUGGUUCCGGGACGGGUCUCGGUUCGGAUCCGGGGAUGGGGCCAGUAUCCCUGCCAUCAAUGUCGCCCGAUGGACGACUUGUCGAUUCCACCUGUGUGUCGCCGACGUCAACAACGCAAGCUCCUUGCUUGCUCCCCACCGGCCACCUCCACACGACCCAAGUCGCCAACCUGAAAAUCACCCAACUCUGGCUACGCGUGAUCCUCUGGCAGAUCCGGUUGCGCAUCGGGUUAUUGAUCCCUCCUCCUCCUCGUCCCGCCACGACAGUCGCUUCCUCUGCCGUUGGUGGUGCAGAGGUGAAAGAGUCAUUAACCUACCACCACCCCCUCUCCAUCGCCCACGAACUCGUCCUCGUCACCAAGUCCCUUCCCCUCGAGAGCAUCCGCAUCCAUGGCGUCGGAUUAACGGAGAAGGUAUUUGACAUCGCGUGUGCCAUGGUUGAUGUUUUGGCAAAGGUGCCUUUGGAGGAUCGACGGAGGUCUCUGGCGGUCUCUGGGCCGACGUUAGGGUCGUUGUCAUUACUGACAAGGGUGGGGCAGGAGGAGAGGGAAAUGCACCUCCAAGAAAGAGAAGAAAGGGAAGAUCUGGAGUGGAUCAGAGGGCUGAUUCAUCGGUUACCCGGGGGUGAAGCGAUUUAUGAUGAGUUGUUGGGAAAACAUAUUGCUGGUGUGUUGCCGGGAAUGGGUUUAAGGGCGUUUGAGGAUUGA